AUGAUGAAUGUGCUCUCCAGCGGCCACCCGCAGAGCCUGCGCAUCCAUCGCCACCACCACGACGUGUCAUCGUGUCCACGCCGGAGCGGCUCAGGCCAUGUCGCAGUUAACCCUCAUCCUAGCAUGACCAGGAGGCUUUCUUCUAGCUCCUUCCGCCGAGGCGCCGUCAGGGCCGUCGCCGACGACGGCGGCGAAUCCAGCAGCGGCAAAGACGACGACGGCGACGACGACGACCAAGAGAAGAAGCGAAGAAAAGACGACGAGGAGGGGGCGUCGUCGAGGCGGAACCGGGAGGAUCUGGAGCGGCUGGUGGGGGCGCCCGACGACGACGGCUUCAGCGGCCUCGACCUGGCCACGCUCAUCCGGAAGCGCUACGGCCGGAGCUACGACGUGACGCUCAUCCGGAAGCAGUUCAUGGGGCGCAACCUGCUGGCGAUGAACGUGAUGUGGAAGUACCGGGAGCAGCGGUCCUUCCCGCUGACGGAGGAGGAGUACCUGCUCCGGCUCGACGACGUGGCCAACACGCUCCGCUCCUGGGGCGCCGUCGCCCACGUCCGCAACUCCCUCGAGACCACCAAGGACCGCCCCCGCAUCGGCAAGGCCGUCAGCAUCUUCAUCGACGUCGACUCCGCCGGCGGCGGCAACCGCUCUGACGAGUGGAUCUACAAAUGA